UUAGCUUCUGGGAAACUAUCGAAUAUAGUUAUUGGCGGAUUGCAAUGUGGUGGGGGGAGUGCUUUUUUUUCGUUUGCAUAAGUUUAUGAUAACCGUACGAAGAUCUCGCCUGACGAUUAGCGAUCACGCAUAUACCAUCAUCAAGUGACGACAAACGACUCCUUCUGUCCCGUGGCAGCUACUCGUGGCCUAUGACCUCGGAUCUGCAUACGACACAGUCAACUGUCCUCGCGCUAAGGUUGUCUGCUAGUCUACUUUACUGUUGGGUGUGAUUCAAUAUAUUUCUUGUUAAAUUAUACACGGAAAAUCAUGAAUCGUAUCUUGAAAUCACUUGGCAGUAAGGAGACGCGUGAAUAUUUUUUAAGCACGCAUUUUUGGGGACCUAUCGCCAACUGGGGAAUUCCAAUUGCAGCAAUUGCUGAUAUUAAAAGGGAUCCGAAAUAUAUUAGUGGAAAAAUGACUGUGGCUCUAUGUUUGUAUUCAGCAAUGUUCAUGAGGUUCGCAUACAAAGUACAACCAAGAAACAUGCUUCUGUUCGCAUGCCAUUUUGUGAAUGAAGGAGCUCAACUCACUCAGGGUGCUAGAUUUAUAAAUCACCAUUAUUUACAAAAAAAGGAUGAGAAAUAAUUAACUAGACAAAUUAUUAUUUAUCGAUUGAACUAUCCCUUGAGUAGGUACUAUGUACCUAAUCUUCCAGUACUCCUGGGACUUUGUAAUAUAAAAAUUUUAAUUGUCAUUAUUUAUUUAAAAUUCUGUAAAUAUAACAAAAUAUCCAAUGCAGGAUUAAAUCAAAUAAAUAUGUACAUAAUUUAUAAGGAUUGCUGUUUAUCUACAGUUUCAUAUUUGUGAUAAGGACAUCUAACCCUAUCUAUGUUAUAGUGAAAAUUUUCUGCUAAGAUGAUCAAAUAAACAUUAUAAAUCACACUUAAAA